GUCCACGCUUCAAGUCCUUGUUCUAAAGUCCAAACAAAGCAAUGAAACGUCAUCAAAAGCAGCAGCGAGAGAGAGAGAGUCCAGAUCCAUGGGAGAGGUAGAGAGAGAAAGAGUCUUCAAAGUCGAAACCCUUUGCCAGUGGAUUUCCUCUGCGCCCAUUGUUUCCCCUGCAAUUAUAUUUCAAUCCCAUAUCUUCUAAUAACUCACUCUGUGUGGUUAGUGAGCGAUUACAAAACCGCAUCAUAUUUUGCUCUCUCUGUCUAAACCUUGCAUAAUGCGUCCUAAGAUUGUGUUAUUCGGGGAUUCGAUCACAGAGGCGUCUUUCGAUGUUGGAGGAUGGGGUGCUGCUCUCGCCAACUGCUUCUGUCGCACUGCGGACGUGGUGCUGAGGGGGUACAGUGGGUAUAAUACGAGAUGGGUUCUCAAGGUUUUGGAUCGAGUAUUUCCAUUAAAGUCACAGACUCAGUCUCUUUCUCUCGCAUCUCCUUCUAAUGUGGUGGCGGUAACGCUGUUUUUGGGGGCAAACGAUGCAUCGCUUCCUGAUCGGUCCAGCGCCUUUCAGCACGUACCCAUCGCUGAAUACCACCAAAACCUCCUUGCCAUCAUCGCGCACUUUAAGGCAUUAUGGCCCUGCACAGUGAUUCUGUUAAUUACACCGCCCCCCAUCGACGAGGACGGCCGUCUCAGAUAUCCUUAUGGAGAGAAUCCAUCCGGUUUGCCUGAAAGAACACUUGAGAGUGCCAAAGCUUACGCUACUGCUUGUUUGGAGGUCGGCCGCGAGGCUUGCGUCCCUGUUAUUGAUCUCUGCUCCAAGAUGCAAUCCACUCCUGGUUGGGAGAAGCUUUACUUAAGCGACGGUUUGCAUCUGACGGCUGAGGGGAACAGAGUGGUGUUUGAAGAGGUGGUAGAGGCUCUUCAAAAGGAAGGAGUGAGCCCAGAAAAGCGGACCGUUGAUCUCCCCCUUCUCAGUGAGAUGGACCCUAACGACCCUCUCAAAUCAUUCCAGCUCCUCCCCUAAAUUAAAUGGAGAAAAUCCGCCACCCACUUUGCAUUUUCAUAUGUUUCUUCAACUUCAAUAGUGGGCCGGUCCUUUUAAUAUUCCUUAUAUUAAAUGUGGUUGGGCUGUUUUCGUUUGGACCUUUUUAUGAUCCUGUUGUUAUGAGCCGUCUUUAAAAGAACUAGAGACAAUUCAAUGAGGGUGAGAAAUCCGUUUUAAUUAAGAAAAAUUUUAUA